AUGUCUUCUUCACAUGAUACACCAUCGCAUGUGCAGUCCACACUAGCUAUUUCACCGUUGGUGCAAAGAACAGGUGCUAACAGAGGUAGUAUGAAUAGGAAUGAUCCAAUAGGGAAUUCUCAAGGAAGGAACGUUGAAGGUGGGCGAAGCAACAUACCGCAGAUCGCACAGACUCCGCAUCAAGAUAGAAGUCCUUUAGUGCAGAAGAUAAGAGAUGUAUCCCAUUUAGCAACUCCUGCCGUUAUGAGGCACAAUGGUACUGCAGGAUCUAGUCUAUUAGCGUCGAUGACAAAGAAUGGAUUAUUUGGACCGGCACUGCCGUCUACUUUAAGAAAAACUAGUACAUCGACGGACACUGUUGAGCUAAACAAUUCUACGAAUGACGAAGAUAUAGACCAUGCCAGCGAUAAUGUAUUCGAUGUUAGCGAUCUUUCAUCUGUAGAGAAACUACGGCUUUGGAGGCACGAUGCCUUGAUGCAACACCAUUAUAAAACUGCCGAACACAUCGGUGAUCUCAUCUAUUCAAUGACAAAGGAUCCCAACGAUGCCUUUUGGUUGGCACAAGUGUAUUACAAUCAAGGAUCUUACGUGCGAGCCGUGGAACUAAUAUUUACGGAUCAAUUGGAUUCGGAAAGCAUAAUGUGCCGCUACUUGGCAGCAUUAUGUCUUUUCAAAUUAAACAAACUUGAAGAGGCACUUGAUAUCAUCGGAGACACGAACCCGUUUCAAAGUGAACCGUCCUCUCCAGGGAAUGCAGAUGGUGGUGUAAAGCUCGAAUCGUCAAUGUGUUUGUUAAGAGGCAGAAUAUACGUCUCCCUUAGUAACAUGGAACAGGCCAAAGAAUGCUUUAAAGAAGCAGUGCAAGUUGACGUUAAAAAUUACGAGGCAUUUGAUUACUUACUUUCGAAACAUAUGCUUACCACUGCAGAGCAAUGGGAUUUGGUACGAAGCUUGCAAUUUGAUGAUCUUGAUGAUAAUGAAGAGAUGAUGAGAUGUCUGUACAUCUCAAGACUGUCCAAGUACCAACACCAGACGGAAAUUGAACAUGCUCGUAAAGUUCUCUCUGAUAAGUAUUAUUUGAAAGAUAAUCGGACUGUCUUGUUGGCUGAGAUAGAACUUUUGAAUAACCAAUCCAAGUUUACUCAGUGUAUGAAAUUAUGUGAACAAGUUCUCGAAGUCGAUGAGUAUAACCUUGAAGUUCUACCAAUCUAUAUACAAUGUUUGCAUUCGUUCGCAGCCAAGAACAAAUUGUUUCUCCUUUCACACAAAUUGGCAGAAAACUUCCCCAAAUCACCAGUGACAUGGUUCGCAGUUGCUACCUACUACCUUUGUAUGGGGAAAGUUUCAGAAGCAAGGAAAUAUUUUUCUCGUUCUUCAAUAAUGGAUCCAAGUUUUGGGUACUCUUGGCUUGGUUUUGCUCAUACUUACGUCGCUGAGGGAGAACAUGAACAAGCAUUAUCAGCAUAUUCCACUGCUGCUAGAUUUUUCCCUGGAACACAUCUACCACAUCUUUAUCUCGGAAUGCAAUACAAUAGAAUGGAUGACCUAUCUCUUGCCGAAGAAUAUUUCAUGAUGGCAUAUGACAUGUGCCCCACUGAUCCCCUAUUACUUAAUGAGUUGGGUGUCAUAUAUUUCAAGAGGCAAAACUACAUCAAAGCUAAGAAGUACAUGAAACGUGCACACGAUGCAAUAAAGAAUAUGAAAUCAGAAAGUAAAGCUUGGAUAUCGAUUGUGAUAAAUUUGGGUCACACUUACAGGAAACUUGGUGAGGACGAAAGAGCCAUCAAAUGCUUUAAGACCGUAUUAGAGAGUAGUAAACCUACUGCCACUUUAUGGUGUUCCUUAGGGUUUCUAUAUUUAAGAAUGAAAAAAAUUGAAAAGGCAAUCGAUAGUUUUCAUAAAGCUCUAGCGCUGGACCAAGGUAACCAGGCAUCAAAUAAACUAUUGAAGACUGCCUUAGAGAUCAAUGCACAUAUGAUAAUUGAUGAGAAUCACCCUAUGGUAAUUUCAUCGAACAUUCAAAAUAUUCCGACGUCACAUGUAUCAAAGAAUGAUAAGAAAAGAACAUCAUUGGGAAUUACUAGUUUUGAUCCCGUCACCGAGGCAAAACGGUUAAAACAAGGUAUUUCAGAUCACGAGGGCGAUUCAAUGGACAUUGAACAAUAA